AUGCCCUAUAGGUCUGCAGAGCCUCUCACGUGCGAGGACCUGGUCAUGCAGUGUUACAACAUCAUGUUCACGCUGCCGGGCCCGCAUUGUUGCCAGAAACUGUUCCGGAGGACUGUCACGCCGAUUGGUGUGUGCUACAGAAGUGCUUUCACAGGCCAUUUUGCCCAGGCUAUGCCCGGGGAAGAUAUGGGCAUCAAUAUCGUACUCCAUGUUCCUCAGAAUACGGAAGCUGACCUGGACUGGAGCAUCCUGAAGGAGAAUCUACACACCGUCUCCGGGCUGCAGAUCUCCAUCAUCAACAGCAUCUCUAUCCCCAGCUUAAAGGUCCUCGGCGAGAGGAUCGUCAUUCAACCCAAGACCAAGGUUUCUGUGGCUGUGGAUCAUUCUGUGAUCAACAACGUAGAAGCCACUCGGGGUCUGUGGCCUUUUGCCCCGCCCCGGUGCACGCCCAAAAACGCCCCGCCCACUGAGCUCUUAAAGACUAUGAGGAACUGUUUCCUGUAUAGGCUGUACCUCAGGUUCUCGGGAGGAAACUGCAGCAUCCUUGCCACGCAGAGUUUUACGAGAGGUUGA